ACACUGGUGACAGAGCCAGCCUCAGUGGAUGUUCUGCUGACAAACCUCAUUAAGGGGAAUCUGCUUCCCUUUGCUCUCCACUGUAUCACCACCCGACCAGCAGCAGCCACUCGGAUCCCUCAUGAAUGUGUUGACCUGGUGACAGAAAUAAGGGGAUUCAAUGACCCACAAAAAGAAGAGUACUUCAGGAAAAGAAUCAGUGACGAAAAUCUGGCCAAUAGGACCAUCAUACACCUGAUGUCAUCCAGGAGCCUCAACAUCAUGUGUCACAUCCCUCUUGUCUGCUGGAUCCUGUCUACUGUUGUAGAAAGAACAACAGAAAUAUCAGAAAAAGAGACAUUUCCUAGGACUCUUACACAGAUCUACUCUCACUUUCUAAAUAUUCAGGCCAGUGUACAAAAGACCAAGUUCUCAGGAAGACAGGAACAGGAUGACGAGAUAUUUGUCAAACUGGGGAAACUGGCAUUUCAGCAGCUGGAGAAGGGCAACCUGAUCUUCUACGAGGAAGACCUGGCAAAGGCUGAUAUUGAUGUCAAAGAAGCGUCAGUGUACUCAGGAGUAUGUACCCAGAUCUUCAGAGCGGAAAGGGGCAGUGUGUUCAGCUUUGUGCAUUUGAGCAUCCAGGAGUUUCUGGCAGCAUUGCAUGUGCUCCUUUCUUUGAGGAACAGAGAGAAAAGCAGAAACAUGUCUGACCCACAGAUAACCUCUCAGCUCUCUGCUUUGUUCACAGCUGAAACACUACAUGAACUGCACAGAAUUGCUGUGGAUCUGGCCUUACAGAAUAAGAAUGGGUACCUGGACCUUUUUCUUCGCUUCCUUCUGGGCCUCUCAGUGGAGUCCAAUCAGAGCCUCCUAAAACGUCUAGUCCCACAGAUCGGUAGCCAAUCACAGAUUUCUGAGCAAACAGUCCAGUAUAUAAAAGAGAGGAUCAGGGCUGAGAGUGAGUCAGUCCAAAGGAUCAAUCUGUUCUACUGCCUGAAUGAGCUGAAUCAGCAUGCUGUAGUGGAGCACACUGACAGGAACUCUGGAGUCCUGUCUAUAGAGAUGCUCUUACAAGGACAGUGGGAGACUGAGAUGUUUAAGUUUCGUAUGUCAGAAGAGCAGUUGGAGGAAUUUGACCUGCAUCAAUACAUGCAGACACCAGAGCAAGAUCAAACUGAACUUCUCAGCCCUGAUGAUGUUCUUCGGAAACUUGUGCCAGUGGUCACAACAUCCACAUCUGCAGAGUUGCCAAAGUGUUACCUCUCAGAGAAUAGCUGUUCCCAUCUGGCCUCUGUCCUGAACUCACCAUCCUCGUGUCUCAGACAUCUGGACGUGAGUUACAAUGAACUUCUGGACUCAGGAGUAAAACUCCUAUGUUGUGGACUUCAGCAUCAACACUGCAGACUGGAGACACUAAACCUUAGUGUGUGUUAUCUGACACAGAAGAGCUGUUCCUUUCUGGCCUGUGCCCUGGCACACUCAUCAUGUCUCACAUUGCUGGACCUAAGUAACAAUAGGCUGCAUGACUCUGGUGUGGAACUUCUAUGUGCUGGACUUCAAUGUCCAAACUGCAACCUCAAAACACUUAAGCUUUGGUCAUGUAACCUGUCAGAGGAGAGCUGUUCCUAUCUGGCAUCUGUGCUGACCUCACCCUCCACGUGUCUCACAUUGUUGGACUUACGUAAUAAUGGGCUGCAUGACUCUGGAGUGGAACGUUUAGCCUCUGGACUUCAACAUGAAAUCUGUAAACUGGAAUCACUAUGUUUGAGCAAGUGUAACUUGACAGAGAAGAGCUGUUCCUAUCUGGCCUCUGUCCUGACCUCACACUCGUCAUGCCUCACACUGCUCAACCUGAGUGACAAUGCACUGCUGGACUCUGGAGUGGAACUUCUAUGUUCUGGGCUGCUGCAUCACAAUGUCAAACUGGAACAAUUAUAG